AUGUCCGACCUCUCAUCAUCAAACUCGAAUCUUGCCUACUCGACACCGAACGCGGCCGGAUCAGCGCCCCACAGUGUGUCCCUGAAGGUCAUGCGGCUCUCGGCGCCGGCUUUCGUGCAGACACACGGCUGCCCGUCUUUUGGCCCAGACUCCACGCACCCGCCUCCACCAAACCCGACGCACAUCUUGGCCACCGCUCAAAUCCCGGCAGGUCUCUCGGCUCAGCAGCUCUCCUCUGUGUGGAUCGAUGCCGCAAAGAGCGACAUGACCACCCUCGGCUCCUAUGCCCAAGACCCAGCCCAGCCGUCCGAGCUUGCCUCCGUGCGCGACUUUGCGCUCUCGGAUCUGUUAGUGCUGCCAGCGUCCUUCGGCACCAUCUACCUCGGUGAGACCUUCUCGUCGUAUCUAUGCAUCAACAAUGAAUCCAAGGCUGCUGUCCAAGACGUUGGCAUCAAGGCUGAGCUCCAGACCGGCACCCAGCGCUUCACUCUGAUCGACACGCUGCAGCCCAGUGGGCUGGCAUCGCUGACCGGGUCGGGACAGGACACCCCGCCAACCCGGGUAUCGCUGCUGCCGUCACAGAAUACCGAGUACAUCAUCCACCACGAGAUCAAGGAGCUGGGCAUCCACAUCCUGGUGUGCUCAGUGCAUUACACCGCUGGCAUCGAGCGCAAAUUCUUCCGCAAGUUCUUCAAGUUCCAGGUCAUGAAUCCGCUGGGCGUCAAGACCAAGGUCAACACACUCCAAGACGGCCGGCUCUUUUUGGAAGCACAGGUCCAAAACAUUUCCUCCAGCUCCAUGUAUCUAGAGCGCAUGCGAUUCGAGCCGGCCGACCAAUUCAACUUCCAGGAUCUGAACGGCAUCUACCGGCUCGCGUCCGACGGCCAUCCCGCGGCUCCCGAGAGCGGCAGCGCAACCACCGACAAAGGCUCACCUCCAUCGUCGUCGUCCGCCAUCCUUAGAUCGCUGGAUCCUAGAUUGGCUAUCCCCAGCCAGCACAUCUUUGGCGACGGCACCUAUUUGGCGCCUCAGGACUCCCGACAGUAUCUGUUUAUGCUGGGUCCGAAGAAAGAGCGCGACGCCCAAGCCCGGGCCACCCCUGGCCUUGGCAAGCUGGAUAUCUUCUGGUGCACGCUCUUUGGCCAGACAGGGCGACUCCAAACCUCCCAGCUGUCGCGCAAGGCACCUGUUCUCGAGCCGUUCGAGAUCUAUGCGACGUCGAUAACAACCGGACCUGUCGUGGCCGAGAGGCCAUUUGUUCUGGCUUGCCGCAUCAGCAGCAACACAAGCACCGAAACUUUGAACAUCUCGGUGUCGGGUGUCAAAAGUCGUAUGAGCAGCGUGCUGCUGCGCGGGCCCUCCGAGCUCACUCUCGGUCCUCUCGCCCCACUCCAGACGAUCGACUUUGAGCUCGAGUUCUUCCCGCUUCUCACGGGGCUGCACAAGAUCACGGGCUUGAGGAUCAAUGAGCUCAACUCGGGCACCAGCCAUGACGUCGAGUCGAUUGCCGAUAUCUUUGUCUGCCCCCUCGUGUCCGUCUGA